AUGGAUGUGGAUAAGGUAAACCCCUUCCCCAAGGCACUCGAGAAUUGCCUAACGCUAUUCAAAGAUGGAGAAAAAAGAAAUGAAUUGAAGUUUAUUAUCCGUUCUGUGAGGAUGUUUAAGAUACUGCGCAAAAUUAUGAACGAAGACUCCAAAUUUGCUACCAGUCACCUUUCCGCCUUCUCAACACUUGUAGCGCAGUUCCUAAACAUACCAGCAGAGGUCAAUUGCUCUUACGGAAUUGAGGUCCUAACGGCCACCCUAUUGUUAAUCCACCUAAUAGACACCAAGAAUUCCAAAGCCAUGCCUUUUGCGGUUGCGUUAGUGAAUUCAUUACCAAAGAAUUUCUACUGCCGUUUGGUUGAUCGGCUGGUAUCUGAAAUAUAUUUUUAUUAUGCGAGGGCGCACGAUUUGGCUAAUCAAAUGGAAACUAUUGAAAAGAGCUUUAUGGAACUUUACCAAUUAGCCUUUACCCGAGCUAUGCCAAUGACUCAAGCAGUGGCUGUUAAUGCAGUGCUGCGAUAUUUGUGUAUGAAAAGGCAAUUUUCCAAAGCUUCCAUUUGGAUAAAAACCGCACAAUUCCCAAAUAAUGAAGUAUCAAAUGCACAACAGGCUAGAUACUUAUACUAUUAUGGCAUCACUUUGGCUGUGGAACUUGAAUACAGCGAAUCGCAAGAGAAGUUAUCUCAGGCCACUCGUAAGGUGCCCCAAAACCCUAAUAUGGCACUGGGAUUUAAAUUGGCAGUCACAAAAAUGGCAGUAAUUGUUGAAUUGCUAAUGGGGGACAUACCCCAACGAAUGAUUUUCACAGCCCCCAAAACAAAACAUGCUCUAGCCCCCUAUGAAUCCCUAGUUUUGGCGGUAAAAGGAGGAAGUUUGGAGAAGUUUGCCAAAGUGGUGGAUGAACACAAUUCAUUAUUUGAGAGCGAUGGCACGGCAUUUUUAGUACAUCGCCUGAGACACAAUGUUAUCAAGGCAGGACUAAGACUGACUAACUUGGCAUAUUCGACCAUUUCAUUUAAUGACAUUGCAUCGAAGCUGAAAAUUGAAGGAGAUGUCAUUGGAAUUGUGGCAAAAGCAAUUCAUGACGGGGUAAUUGAAGCAACACUCGACUAUGAUAAGGGGAUUCUCAUAUCAAAAAAUACAGAAGACCUAUAUUCUACCAAUGAACCGCAGAAUGCGUUACAUAAAAGAAUUCUGUUUUGCCUGCAGUUAUACGCGGAUGCAGUGAAGGGGAUGGUGUAUGCGGAGGAAGAGGUGAGGGCUCCACCCCCCAAGCCAGUACUAACUGAACAGGAGUUACUCGAGAUGGACCAUGAUGACCUGGAACCGGAUAUUUUAUGA